AUGCCCGCCCUGCAGGGCGAGGAUGCAGCGGCAUUCAGCCUGGAGGAUCAGAGCCUUUCCUCAUGGGUCAAAUUUUCCGUGCUGUUGGCAGGCGUCUUCGCCCUGCUCUACCCCAUCUGGAUCUCCCCGGAUACGGGGCUGGGCAAGGAACUGGCUGCCCUUCUGAGCUCGGUGGGGUCCUCCUCCGAGGUCACCAUGGUCCUCAUCCUGACCCUGUUUGGCGUGGUGCACAGCGGUCUGGCUGCCCUGCGACCACAAGGUGAAGCGCUGAUCGGCGCCCGGGCCUUCAGGGUGGUCUUCGCCUCCCUCAGCCUGCCGUUGGCAGGCCUGGCGGUAAUGUACUUCAUCAAUCAUCGUUACGACGGCGUCGCGCUCUGGAACAUCAGGCGCGUUUGUGUUCUGGGCCUGCCCGGCGUGCACAGCACGGUGUGGGCACUGAGUUUUCUCUCCUUCUACUUCCUCUACCCCUCCACCUUCAACCUGCUGGAGGUGGCGGCGGUGGACGAGCCGCGCCUGCACCUGUGGGAGACCGGCGUGGCGCGCAUCACGCGCCACCCGCAGGCCUUUGGCCAGUUCGUGUGGUGCGCCGCGCACGCCGCCUGGGUGGGCUCCUCCUUCAUGAUGGUCACCACCGCUGCGCUGCUGGGCUACCACGCCUUUGGCUGCUGGCACGGCGACCGCCGGCUGGAGCGGGAGCAUGGCGAGGCCUUCCGCGCACUGCGAGACCGCACCAGCGUGGUGCCCUUCCAGGCGGUGUGGGAGGGGCGCCAGCGCCUGCCGCCCGACUACUGGAGGGAGUGGGCGCGCCUGCCCUACCUGGCCAUCACCCUGUUCUGCUUCGGGACCUACGCCGCGCACCCUGCCAUGCAGCAGGCCGCCUACUGGCUGGGGUGGUAG